AUGGCUCCGCUGAUAAAUACAUUGUCACCAACGUACGCAGGGUUGACAACAUGUUGGAUGACUUCACUGACGAUUCUAUUGCUAAUUGCAAUAACAACUAUUAUAAAUCAUGAUCAUGUGGUACAGGGAGUUCCUCUUCCGAAUUGCAGCAACUCAACUGGAUCGGAAUACAUCAUUGUCAAUUUGAGUGAAUGUCAAAAUGUGGAUUACAAUCCUAAUGGCCCCCUUGUACCAUGUACACUGAUACCAAAUGAAUUUAAAAUUUGUGAUUUUGACAUGAAAGGAUAUUCAAAUGGAAUUAAAACAUGUAGCUAUGACGACAUGGUAAAUCAAAAUGGAGUUUAUACUCAAAACACAAGAUAUGGAUAUGCAAAUUGUACAGUAUUAUCAACCAUUGAAUGUAUCGGACCAAGAACAUGGUAUCAAAAGUUUCCAUGUAAAACCAUCCAGAACAACUUCCAAUACACUACUGCCUUAGUACUAGCCGUCUUUGUUGGCAUCUUUGGAGCUGAUCGCUUUUAUUUGCAACAUAUUGUAUUGGGUGUCAUUAAAUUAUUGACAUUGGGAGGUAUUGGAGUGUGGUGGAUUGUGGAUAUUGGUCUACUUAUUGGAGGUGUCACAGUACCUGCUGACGGAAGUUCAUGGCAACAGUAUUACUAA